UCCUUUCUGGUUUUCCCUCAGCGAGGCGGCCGCUCCGCUUCCUUUCCUUUCCCUCCCCCUUUCGCCGUCCCGUCCCUCGCCGCUUCCUUCCUCCUGUCUGUGCCAUGGAUGGUGUUGUUACAGAUCUUAUAGCAGUCGGUUUAAAGCGUGGAUCUGAUGAGCUUCUUCCUUCUGGUAUCACUUACGGGCCUUUUACCAUGAGCAGUUCUACUCCUGCUACAGCUAAUGGGAAUGACAGCAAGAAAUUUAAAGGAGACAGAUCUCCAUGUUCCCCUUCUCGAGUCCUUCAUCUUCGUAAAAUUCCAAAUGAUGUCACUGAAGCAGAAGUCAUUUCUCUAGGUCUACCUUUUGGCAAAGUAACCAAUCUCUUGAUGUUGAAGGGAAAAAGCCAGGCUUUUCUAGAAAUGGCUUCGGAAGAAGCUGCUGUUACCAUGGUGAACUACUACACUCCUGUUACUCCGCACCUCCGCAGCCAGCCUGUUUAUAUCCAGUAUUCCAAUCACAGAGAACUUAAGACGGACAAUCUGCCCAAUCAGGCUAGAGCUCAAGCUGCAUUACAAGCAGUGAAUGCCGUUCAGUCUGGAGGCUUGGCACUCGCAGGUAUUCCAACUACUGAGGGCGGGCUGCCCCCUGGUCAGAGUUCCGUUCUUCGAAUUAUAGUGGAAAAUCUCUUCUACCCUGUAACUCUAGAAGUACUGUAUCAGAUCUUCUCCAAGUUCGGGACCGUUUUAAAGAUUAUCACUUUCACAAAGAACAAUCAGUUUCAGGCCUUGCUUCAAUACUCUGAUCCAUUGAACGCACAUUAUGCCAAAAUGGCUCUCGAUGGUCAAAAUAUCUACAAUGCUUGCUGCACUCUUCGUAUUGAUUUUUCUAAACUCACAAGCCUUAAUGUAAAGUACAACAAUGACAAAAGCAGAGAUUUUACUCGGCUGGACCUUCCUUCGGGCGAUGGGCAGCCUUCCAUUGACCCCACUAUGGCUGCUGCUUUUGGCACUCCGGGCAUCAUCUCCUCUCCAUAUGCAGGAGCUGCUGGCUUUGCUCCUGCAAUUGGCUUUCCACAAGCUGCAGGUCUGUCGGUCCCAACUGUUCCCAGCGCUCUUGGUCCUCUUGCAAUCACCACCUCUGCCAUGACCGGGCGGAUGGCCAUCCCAGGCAUUGCGGGAAUUCCUGGAAAUUCUGUCUUGCUUAUCAGCAACCUGAAUCCUGAUGCAAUCACACCAGAUGGACUCUUUAUCUUAUUUGGUGUUUAUGGUGAUGUCCACCGUGUGAAAAUCAUGUUUAAUAAGAAGGAAAAUGCCUUGGUUCAGAUGGCAGAUGCAACCCAAGCUCAGAUAGCCAUGAAUCAUUUAAAUGGACAGAAACUUUAUGGAAAGGUGCUCCGUGUUACACUCUCAAAGCAUCAGACCGUACAGCUCCCCCGUGAGGGACAAGAGGACCAGGGGCUGACUAAAGACUAUAGUAAUAGCCCUUUGCAUCGCUUUAAGAAACCUGGCUCAAAGAACUUCCAAAAUAUCUUCCCACCAUCUGCAACUCUGCACCUCUCCAACAUUCCACCUUCUAUAACGGUCGAGGACCUGAAGAGUCUUUUUGGUAAUACUGGAUGUAAUGUGAAAAACUUCAAAUUCUUUCUAAAAGACCACAAAAUGGCUCUCAUCCAGUUGGGUUCAGUGGAGGAAGCAAUCCAGGCUCUUAUUGAGCUUCAUAAUCACGAUCUUGGAGAAAAUCACCACCUCAGAGUUUCCUUCUCCAAAUCUACAAUCUGAUAUUUGUUGGGACACUUUCUUUUUAAGGACUUUACCUGCAGUUGAAAGUAAAACCUUCAGACAGAGACUGGAGUAGCCAAGACAAGUGCUGCAUCCUUCAAUUAUGAAAUUUGUAAUAAGUUGAUGUGCAUUUCUGUACACAUUAACUAAUCAAGGGAUCUUUCCACAUGUAUUGCUGUUUAAAAGGCUGAUGAUUCUCGUGAAAUUUCCUUCUCUAGUAUUUAAUGACAAAAACAUUUUCAGUAGAUGCCCCUUCUUCAAAUGAUUUCAGGAACAUAAUUUUUUUCAUUUAUUCUAAAAUGACCGUGCACAACUUUUCUGGGCCCCAUUAAAUUACCCCAUUGAAAGAAUGCCUUCAAAUUAAACUUAGCAGAUAGCUUUACAAUACUAAUAAAGAAUGAUUAUUUUUGGGUUUUUUGUGGAAUUUUUUUUUUUGACCAACCUCUCAGCACCAGUUGAAAAUAUUAGAGGAGAGGCAGGGCCCUUCCCCUCUCUGGAAUUACAGGAUUUCCAAAUCAUACAGUGGACAUCAGUAAAUUUUCCUUAGUGACACUUUUAACUAGGUAUUAAAUCAUGGCACGAGAUUUAAUUUUUAUCAAUAUGAAAUUAUGUGUCACUUGAUUUUUUGGGGAAAAAAUAAAAUAUGUCCUGAUUUCAAUUUUUUUUUACAUUUCUUUCAGAGAAAAAAAAAAUUUGUUUACACUUUUAAGGGAAAAAAAUUCAGGUCUGUCAUAUGGUUUGACAAAUUUUUAGAAAGGUUAUUUUUGGUAAGGUCUUGUUUAAAAAUACAAAGUUGAACCUCAAGGGUUUUUUGUACCACUAUAAUCUCUAAUACUUAAAAUCAGAAUUACUGUGUAUUUACUUAAUUUCUUACGUGCCUUAUUAUGUGCUUAUAAUGAUACAAUAGUUUAGAGUUUUAUCUGAAGUAUCUUAAACUGUAUUGUGGCUUGGUGAGAGUUUUUUUUUAAAGUUUGGUGAUUUUAAAAAGUUUUAAAUAAGUAAUAGUCAAAUCAGAUUUUUGGUGCUUUGGGACAGGGAUGGGGAGGUGACACUGAAGACCAAUCAGUUCACGUCCCGUAGGCCUCUUCACAAUAUUUGGGGGGUUGCAGCUGAGUGACAUCACUGUUGGGCUCAAAAGAAUGUUCUCCAGUUUCUGGACGGUCUCUAACCUGUUGAGCCAUUGGCUCUUUGAGAAUAUUUUUUGUCUCAGGAUUCCUUUUCACCCAACAGGACUUGGCUUACUGUACUAAACAUGGACUUGCUUUCCCUCAUCAACAUCGCAACUUCAGUCCUGAAUGUUCCCUCUUGUUUGGAGAGCAAGAUGAGAUGCAAAUUUUUUUUUUGGUGAAAUAUAGAUAUAUACAAGUUAUUUCUAUGAUUGUAAUACAAUGUUUUUAGAGGUGUCUCAAGAUGUUAUGUCUACUGAAAUUUUUCAUUGUUUGUAAGGUAUUCCUCAAGUUUAAGGGUGAUAGCUUUGGAGUUGGUCAUAUUUUUUUUAAAGAAAUGAAACGGAGCGUGACGGCUGGUAGCGCUUACUCAUCUUGGAUAUUUUUUGCAAGUCAGAUUUGGCCCUUCUGCAAAUGCGGCUCAGCAGAAAUCCAUAGCAUUAGCAUUUUUUUUUAAAAAAAAUGGUAAUUUUUAAUUUGGUGGCUUGGUAAAUAUCCUUGAAAUGCUAGCCUCUCAGUAACAUUGCUGUCAGUUGAAAGGAUAGGCAGUGAGCCUUAACCACUGCCUUAAAUUAUAUAGCUACAUUUGUGUGGAGGUGUCCAGCUGUUCCUGAUGGGAAACCUUUGGACACUGUUUACUAAAAUAUGUGCAUUUUUUUAUCGGGCAGCGUUGUGUUACACAGGGAAAUUUUAGUAUCCAUUAAUGACUGACCCUGUUCACCAUGACUUCACAGCCAUUUGAAAAUCAAGGUGUACAAACUAGCAAAGGGUUAUCAAGAUCUUUCCUUAGUUCAGCAGUGUCAUAUGAAACAUAUUAAACUCCAGUAUGGCACUUGAUCUCUUCAUUCUGUUGAUAUCAGCGGAACAUAGCUCUGAAUAAGCAUGUUCAGGGCGACAACCUAGCUAGACAUGACUUGACUAGCUUAUUGGAGUAGGGCUGUAAUGAAUGUGCUGCCUCAGUGUAAUUAAAGUUACCUUAAGUUUGGUCAUCACGAUGUGUUAAAUGCUGCUACAGAGGAGGGGGACAUUAUUGCAGUUGAAUGUAACUGUGAAGCAGGAGACAAACAACAGCCUGAAGUUUCGAGAAUGAGCAUUAGCAGUGUACAAUAUCAAGAGGAGAGGGUGAUGUGUUUGUGUGUGCAUUUGUGUGUGUGUGUGCAGUGUGAAAUAUCGUGUAUGCAGAUACACAUUGCAGACAUUUAAUUUAUUGACUUAACUAAUCUAAUCUGAAAGAAAGCAACUUUGUAGUUUUAAAGGGAGAAAAACAGUCAACAUAAACAGUGGCUUCAUUCUGCCCCUAGAAAAUGUCAUUUCUAGACUAACCGCAGCGUGUGUUUUAGGGCAUACGUUUUAUAUGCUGGCACCUUUAAAAGAGUUUCGCAGAAAUGUUGAUGGUAGAUAGCCAUCUUGCGUGGUCUUAUCAUAUAUUAUCUUUGUUGUAGUGCAUGUCUUCUCAACGCUUCGUGGUUGUUUUCACGUGGUUGGUUUAUUUUCACGCGUCUGUUUUCCAUGAGUUGCGAGUGAUGGCAGUACACUUUGUUUGCAUUUAAAACAACGGUUCCAUUUAGAACCAGUUUGAUUUACUCUCUCUUCUUAAAAAAGGACACUCUAUCAACCUCACGCUUUAGAAGGCAACUCCUUUCAUUGAGAUUAAAACAAUACUAACGUUUCCAUUUUCUUUUUCUUCUCAUUCUUUUGCUGCAGAACGUUAGCAUAAGAUGCCUCCUUACCUGUUUGGUUUGCAAUGAGUGUUCCACAGAAUUAAGGUGUUUCAGCGGAGGUGGUUAUUGGAUAUAGUAGCCGUCCGUGCAGAGCUCUCCUUGUCAAGUAUCCUAGUAUAGAAUGACCAAUUUUCCAGAAUAUUUGAUCUUUGCUAGCAUUUUAUCAGCCAAGUCUGUUCUCUGUUCUUUCACAAUUUGUCCUCAAAAUUGAUUGAGCUCAACACUGUGUGACCCGUGCAGUUCUCGAUCUCUUCCGCGUCAUAUAGUUGAAUCACUAACUGUACAGCUGAUGAAAUGCCUUCAGGUCCGUAACCAGUCAGGAAGCUUUUAACAUUUUGGCUGGAAAGACUUGGCAACAGUGCCUUUUCGUAUACCGGAGGAAGGGAAGAUAGCGUUUUUGAUUCAAGUAAUAUGGCAUGCACCGAAUUAUAGUAACAGACCAGAGGCAAAGUAGCUUUGAAUUUAGGUCAAAGGCCAAUCAGUGUUGCGAUGAACUUUCAACCGAAACUCCAUCUUAGCUGAAUGGUCCAUUUCGGUUGAUUGUGAUGUUCGUUACUAGAGGGUAAGUCUUAACAGCUUUCCUCCUGAGAGCAAAAAGCCACUGGUUUUGGAUACAAAGUGGAAGGACAGUAAUCUUCCAGUUCCUUUCUUUCGAAACCAGCACAAGGAGGAACCAAGUGCAUAUUUGUGGUUGGCAGAGGCUGCAGGUGCUUGAACAGUUUCAUUAUAUCUUGGAGUCUCUGGCUGCUAGCCCCUGUAACGAUUGGAAAAGCAAAUUUUAGAACUGUCAUUAAAGCUCGGAUUGCACUGUUUAUUCAACUACUAUGCCUGCUGCAAAUGUGUAGAGUUUCAAACAAAUAUUAAUGUCAAGCCUUUCCCAAACUUGGUUGCCUUUUGUCUCCCUGUCAGUUGUACUACAACUGUGCUUGGAGGAUAGAUACCUUGAGGGCUCUCUGUGCCUAUAUAUCUUAAAUGUAGCCUUGAGUUGUCUGUGGCACCUCUUUUUUUCCUUUUGUCUUUUCACAGAUUAAGAACUUGUAUGCAGUGGAAUCUUGUUGCUGUAAAACAUAGCGCAGGCUUUUGUUUUGUAAUGAAGAAACCUCAGAUUUCCCCUUUCACUCUUGAUCCUCUUAUAUAUAGUAUGCAUUGGUGUUUUCAAAGGAGAGGGGGCAGAGUGGUUAACUGCAUUAAAGCUGUAUUUGUUUGCCUUUUACUUUUUUUGUGUGGACUGGUAACUGAACAAAAACCGCCAGAUUUAAACAGUUGUGCUGAAAACUGUUCAAGUUGCACAGAGAUUUUCUUGAAGCAAAUUAACUCCUAAUUGUUUUUUGGUUUUUUUUGCAAAGAUCUGUAUGUUGUAUAUGAGACUGUUCUCUUUCUGGAGCAAAUCUUAACAAUUAGGAAUUAUUUGGAAUUGAAAAACUUCUAAAACUUAAUUUCAGGGUUUUUACAAAGGAAAAAAAACACACAAAAUGGGACCAAAGUUUAUGUGCCUUCAGUAAAUGUGUAUUUUUUUGCUCUCUAUUUCAGUCUUUACAAAUCGAUAUUCUUGUUUUCAAGAAAAUAUGUAUUUAUAUAGUAAAAACCAAAUGACUCAUGAACUGUCCAUGUGUGCAAUCAGUUGUAACUCUUUCAUUUGGGUUUGUUAUUCCUUUGCCUUCUACCAUUGUCGCAUCAAUACACUGUACCAUUCAGGAAUCCAAGUUAAAUUCUUCGUCGUUGGUUGCCUCGAGAGCAUGCUGUGAAGAGAUGAUAAAAUAGUGGUGAGCUUAGUAUUGGGACAACUUUCCAUGAUAAGCGAAGGGUAUGCGUUUUGGCAGAACCUUUGGUUUCUGAAUCUGUGUCCAGUAUUAGGGAUCAUAGUGGAAAACUAACCAGCUGCAUACUUGGAUUCAUCUUUUAAAUGUUUUAAAGUCCCCCGUCCCCCGUUCCCCAAUUCAUUCUACAGCUCCUGUAAAAAGUUAACCCCAGACUCUCACAAUAUUAUGGCUAAACAAGCACAUUGUUGCACUGGAUUGCCACCUCAUUGCAAUGACCAAAGAUUGUCUGCUCUGGUUACAUACUGAGACAUCUUCCCAAUCUUCUCUCCGGCUAUCUUUCCCGAAGGACUCUAUGUAAAGUGGCCUUUUUUUUAUGAAUGCCGUCGGUGAAUGGACCACUUGAUGAGAGAAGCUACUUUUUAGAAAAAAUGUGAACCAAAUGUAAUGGCAUAAGGCAACGGGCUAAUGGACUACUUAGUACUAUAUUCCAAAAAAAAAAAGGAGCAUAAUUACAGGAGUCAGACAUUCCCUAAUUUUUCUCAUGUUUCUAAGUCCCUGUUUCAGUUUGUAAAAAUAUUGAUCUAACACAAGAAAAUGCUGUAAAUAUUUGUAACAACAUUUUUUACCUGGCAAAAAAAAAAAAAAAGGUUUUGGGGAACAAGUAUAAAAUGGGUUUUUAUAUUAAAUAAAACAUCAAUUGUCUUGUAUAUUUUGAUAAGCAACAAUACCAGCUUUCCUUUGUUAAGCAGCUUGUGGCAUUGGAGGGGGAAAAGGAUUCCAUAUUGUUCAGAUGACAUGAUGUUAUAAAUGCAAAGAAGUUGAAAUAUUAAAGAAACUAUUUUCUAA